CAAAACGCGGACGAAAACAAACGUACCAAAACAAAUAAGUUUUUAAAGGAAAAAAAGGAUAAAAUCCAGGAUUUCGUGGCGAUUUCGUCGAAAAAUUGUGUUCCAACAUCGAGGAAACCAUGCUGAAAACCGUGGACAAAUGUCCCGGUCAAUACUGCGGUCGAACCCUGCUGGAGAACUCUUCGUUCAGCGAGUGUGGAGCCUGUUUGCGUGGAUUCCGGGUCAAUGAACAGUAUCAGUGUGCCCCGUGCGAAAAACCUCUCCGGGAGGAAGACUGGCUGUAUCUGGGGUUUAUGGCUAUUUUGCCGCUCAUCAUCCACUGGUUCUGCAUAGACUUGAAUGCUCAGCAGCGUAAAUUUUCCCGUGGGGAGCUGAUACUGCACGCCAGUGCUUGCGUGGAGGUUUUACUUUCAGCUUUCUUAACCAUCCUGUUUACCGAUCCUAUCUGGGAGCUGCGAAUCAACUCCUGUGGGGUGCAGAAACUGUCCGAUUGGUACACCCUGUUCCACAAUCCGGCUCCGAACUAUGACACCACACUCUACUGUACGCAGGAAGCGGUCUAUCCGCUGCAAACGAUGAUCUUUGUAUUUUACUUGUUCUGCGUUACGUUCAUGAUGAUUAUCCGACCGGCGCUGAAUGUAAAGUUUCUGCCAUUCCGUGGAAAGAUGGCCGUAUAUUACGCACUUUACAUUUUCCCGAUUUUGUCUUUGCUGCACGCUGUUGCUGGUGGAUUAAUAUAUUACGCCUUCCCGUACUUGAGCAUCGUAAUAUCGGUAGUUUCUAAUGCACUACACUUUUCCAUUAAGUUAGAUCAAACGAUGAAAUCGUUACUGGAAACAUCUGUUACCCAAAUGAGAAAUGUUACCAUCAUCCUCGGUCACUGGUUGCUGCUAGCAUAUGGAAUCAUUUCGAUACCCUACCACAUUUCAUACUUUUCGUUACUGUUGGUUCCGGUUCCGGCUUUGUUUUACAUUUUCACCGCCAAGUACACGCAUCCGGAUAAUUUUAAGUGAACUCAAUUUAGCUAGUACCUUACAAAUUUUCCUUCUUUGGGAUUACACUUGAAGAUGAUCUAAAGGUUCUCCAAUCGAUUUAGUGAUAUUAUUCCUAGUUACUCUUAAGCUUUAUGAUAAAGUUGGACUGAAACAAGAAACAUGUUAAUCAU